AUGUCAGAUCAAGAUUUAAAUUAUGAAAUUGUUCAGGAAUUGCUAUCUAAACAACAUUGGAGGCCAAAUUACCGCGAUAAAUCACAUUUAUUUGAUUCCAAAUUUGAUGCGAACGAUACAUGCACUUUCGCUCCUUCACUCGCGAAAUACCGUAGUCAAGAUGAACGAUAUCUUUUUUAUGAUCCAACCCGAAUAAAAUACAUCACAGAGCUUGAUGCUAUACGCGAGGUUUUAUUCAUGUUAUCUGGAUGUCCGAGCUUUCUUUUUCACAAAGAUACAAGUGGAAAAUUCAGGGUCCAACUUAAUGCAACGCUGAUGCAUUUAACUGAAGGUGGAUUUAAAGCUUUGUUAGAAUACUUUUGUGAAUAUGGAAAUUUUUUGGCAAAGCUGAGAAUAAUUGCCACCAGGUAUUACGAUCUUUUCUGGGGUAGUAUUAAGUUGGAGUUUAAUACCAUUGUUGUUUCAAAUAGGAUAUGUAUAGAAUCUCGUCCAACUUAUGGGCAAACCGUCCAGGCUUUUGCUGCAUCCAUUCUUAGGAUGGUUCAGAAAUUUGACAAAUUAUUGGCUGAUAUUGAAUCAAAGUAUCAGAUUAAUAAGCCUACAUCACAAGAUCAAGACACAUAUAUUUCCCUUCUACAGCUUCGAAAUCAAAUUUCCAUUCAUUUAUAUGAAUUUAAGAUUAUUUAUGAUUUUUUUGAAAAAAAUCUUUCGUACGACUUUCCCAAGAAAUUGCUGGAUAUUUCUGAUCAAGACCAAUUAGAUGCCCCUGCUUCAACACACCUUUGCUCAUCCUGUGAAAUUGCAUACAAAAUACUAUCCGGGUUGUUUAAUGAAGUUGUUCAUUACCAGAUGUCAGGAAAUAAAAAUAUAUUUAUGAUGUUGGGAGAACACCUUGACAAUUCUCUUGUACCAUAUAUUCGAAUGAUUGAUGAAUGGAUUUGUACAGGAAAAUUAAAUGAUCCAGAAAAUGAAUUCUUUCUUGUAAGAUCUCAAAACAUAGAGAAUAUGUCGUCACAGUAUUGGCAGGAAAUGUAUAAAAUACGGGGGAUUCGUGCUAUGAUUGAUAAUGUUGAAUCUGUUCAGCUACUAUCGCCACCUUUUUUGGAACCUUUAAUAGGUCGCAUUUUAUUUUGUGGGAAAGCACAAAAUUUACUAAUGUCUUUAAAAACAAAAAAGGUAAAAAUUGGAGAACACAUACCGUUUAUACAGCAUAAUCCCGAGGAGUUUGUUCUCGAAAUAGAGUCAUUACGCUUAUUCGUGAAAUUAAAUAAAAAGGAUGAAAUUCACUCUGAUAAUGAUCAUAAAAUGGACGAUGAUGAUGAAAUUGUUGACCUCAAAAAGGAUGAUAUUAUCGAUGCUUUCCCUAAGACAAUAUCAACCUUAUUUCCUCUUUGGAAACCAUCUACUGAAAAAGUUGAGGAUGUAGAAAUGGAAUCAAAAGAAACAAAUGAGAUGCUUAUUUUUCAACCUUUUAAUGAACUAUUAAAGGAACGAUUUGAAGGCUAUAUUCAGCCCAGAUAUGAACGAAUCGGUCAGCAACUUUAUGAUGCUUUAGUUGAGAAAUGUCGCUUAUGGAAGCAUUUACGUUCUCUUGCAGGGUUAUACUUCAUGCAGCAAGGAGAAUCAAUGCACCUGUUAUGUGAUGUCUUAUUUGACAGGAUAGAUAAAAAACAAAUGUGGUAUGAUACAUAUAUCCUCAAUGAUAUUUUUUUGAAUACAGUAAGGAAAUGGAAAUGGUUGGAUGGAGGUCUGGUCAGUGUGUGGAUAGACGACACACCUGGAAAAAAGCCUAAUAUCACUACUGUUAGAGUAUUUGAAAAAAUUGUUAUUGAGUAUCGGAUACCAUGGCCUAUUAACAACAUAAUGCAAAGUAAAACCCUACAAUAUUACAAACACAUAGUGGUUUUUCUACUCCAAGUGAAGCGGGCCAAGUAUCUUUUAGAACGUCUUUCGUUUUCACACUUAAAUAGGGGCAAUGAAAUGGCAGAAAAGACAACUGCCAUAGUCUUGUUUUAUGGUGUUAGAAUUAAGUUAUUAUGGUUUUUGAAUACAAUAUGGGAUUACGCGAUGAGAAAUAUACUACUUUCGGAAACGGAAAACUUUUACAAGAAAUUAGAAAAAGUUUUUGAUAUUGAUGAGAUGGUUUCAUUGCAUGACCACUAUAUUCAUGCUGUAUAUAAUCGAUGUUUGCUCAGUGAUAAGACCAUUCCCAUUCAUAAAUCUAUAUUAGAAGUUCUCGACUUGACAAUUCAAUUCAGUACACUUUAUACACGUUAUCAAGGAGAAAAUAUAUCUUUUUAUGAUCAUUCGCGGGAUGUUAAACCGAAAAAAUACGAAGAUACUUCAGACUCUGAUUCUGAUACAUUCUUAACGGAUGAUGACGAUGAUGAGUGGAAUGGGCAAAACACAGAUGGUAACCCUAUUAUACCUGCACAAGUAGACUAUGAAGCGUUCCUUGAAGGUUUAAGUAGAAUUGAUAGAGAGUUUAAUAGGAAUAAAGAGUUUAUAAGUAAUUCUGUUCAGACAAUUGCUCAAGUUGGGGGGUUCUGGUGGUUCGAUGCUUUGGCAUUAGCACUAGGUUGA